AUGGACGCUGCUAAAUCACCCUCUACUCCCGCAGGCCCAGCAGCCAGAAACUCCACCUCCACAGCUAAAUCACCCUCUAUUCCCAUAGGCCCAGCAGCCAGGAACUCCAUCUCCACAGGCCCACCAGAAAUAUGGAUACAAAUAUCCGAGGAGCCCGCUGGCUCAGAUUUUGUCUUUCCUCCCGAUUUAACAAUCCACUAUCAUUCGAGCAGCGAGCCUGCUAUACCCGUGGACCUCUUUGCAUUGGCUCAGCAAUCAGGUCUUGUUUCAAACGACGAGGACAGGUUUGCCAGGGAUUACCUAUCUGGCGACUCAUUUGUCCGGGAUGGACAUGCAAGUGUCCUGGUGGGUCCGACGAAUUGGAACAACGGCUACGGCACUCAAGGUCUGUUCCAGAGUCCCCAGUUAGGGUCCAUGUUGGGAGAGUUCGGUGCCGCAUACCCAUAUUCGCAUUCAAUAACUUUGAAUGCAUUUUCAUCAGCUAUGUCUGAUCCAUACGACAUGCGGGUUGCGUCACAAACCACAAUUAGUAUGCCUCAAGCAGCGGCACGGUUUCAAAGAGGAACCAGUCACGGCACGACAACCCAGCCAAUGUUCUCUCAACAGGAGAGAGAACUAAAAGCAAAAAUUUUUACAUUUGAUUCGGAGGAGAUUCCAGAAAUUGGAAUUCUACCCCUCGUUGGAGCGGACGGGCACAAUCCAGCCCAAAAUCAAAGGGCAUUGAGUGAGGGGCAGGCGGAAAAUUCCAGGAAGAGGAAGUGGGAGGAUGAGCCACUUCAGAGUGGCAGUGGGUCGAGGGCCCCAAAAUUGUCCAAGAAAGCCGAAGAAGAGUGCACAGAAGAGAAGAAGGCGGCCAAAACAAGGCUGUCGGACUGA